GUUUUUAAUUUUCUAAUUUCAUUUUUGCAUGGAUGGGAAGUCGAUUUGCCACAUUUGUUGUUUGUUUGUUUAAACAUUGCAUAUUUUAUAAUUCCAGCAUGGUAGUAAGUCAUACUAUGUGAGGUACCCGAAAAAGGUCUCCUGAGCUAGAUGUCAACAGCAGUUGUAUUGUGUUGGAGAAGUAGAAGAUGGCGUCGGAGAGCUCCUCCACGUCGCUAGCGGGGCUACCUUACCCUAAUGUCGGGGAUUACUACCCCAGAAAGUUCGGACCCAAACCUGACGUGGUUCCUUCUGGGGUGACAGAGAGAAAAAACAUUCCGCUUGAUAAACCGGACAUGGUGGCGUUGGAUGUCAUCAACAUCAAAGAGCCUGGCAGUGAUGUACCUCUUCACAGGAAAAAAACAGAGACAGAUACCUAUGUUUUGGGAACUAUUCAUCCAUUCCGGAAGUCGCAAAGAUCUUUCUAUGGCAAGUUUGUACAAGAAUUCCUCUUAGUAACAGGUGACAGAGGGUCAUGGAAAAUUUUGCUAUUUGGUUUCUUCAACUUGAUGUGCACUGGCUUGCUUUUGAUGUGGUGCAGCUCUACCAACAGCAUGGCCUUAACAGCUUACACAUAUUUAACAAUAUUUGACCUUUUCAGCUUGAUAACGUGUCUAAUAAGUUCAUGGGUGACUAUGAAGAAAUCCAGCCCAGUUUACUCUUUUGGAUUUGAGAGGUUCGAAGUCCUUGCGGUGUUUGCUUCAACUGUGCUGGCCCAGCUUGGAGCCCUGUUCAUCCUAAAAGAAAGUGUGGAACGUUUUAUGGAGCAGCCGGAGAUACAUACGGGUCGUCUCCUAGUUGGGACUUUUGUGGCGUUAUGUUUUAACUUACUAACCAUGUUGUCUGUGAAGAACAAGCCAUUUGUCUAUGUAUCAGAAGCUGCCAGCACCAGUUGGCUCCAAGAACAUGUAGCAGAUCUCAGCCGAAGUUUGUGUGGCAUAAUACCGGGCCUGAGCAGCAUUCUGUUACCACGCAUGAAUCCCUUUGUGUUGAUAGACCUGGCAGGGGCAGUGGCUCUCUGUAUCACAUACAUGCUAAUUGAAAUGAAUAACUUUUUCGCAGUGGACACUGCUUCAGCUAUUGCCAUUGCAUUAAUGACUUUUGGCACCAUGUACCCUAUGAGUGUCUACAGUGGAAAAGUGCUGCUUCAGACAACACCAGCUCAUGUUAUUGGUCAGCUGGAUAAACUACUGAGAGAGGUUUCCACUCUUGACGGUGUUUUGGAGAUUCGGAAUGAACAUUUUUGGAAUAUUGGGUUUGGUUCUCUGGCUGGCUCUGUACAUGUCCGAAUACGGAGAGAUGCCAAUGAGCAGAUGGUGCUUGCCUAUGUGACCAAUCGCCUGUACACCGUCGUUUCUACUUUAACCGUUCAGAUUUUCAAAGAUGAUUGGAUCAGGCCAUCCCUGGCUACUGGACCCCUUCCAGCAGGCAUGCUGAAUCUGUCUGAGUACAGCAGCCUUCCAGCAGUGCCGCCUGUGAAACCCGCCAGUGAUUUAAACCCAGUAACCUCAACCCCAGCCAAACCCAGCAGCCCGCCUCCUGAAUUCUCAUUCAACACGCCUGGAAGGAACGUCAACCCUGUUAUCCUGCCAAGCACUCAGCCUGCCAGGCCCUACGGUGUGGGCCUUGCUUAUGGAGCAGUUCCAUAUAGCAGUACGUUCAGUCAAGGGCUUGGUAAUCUGGGGAGUGGAAUGGGAAUUGGAACAGCUCAGGCAUUCAGGACUGGUUUUGGCAACGUUCCUGGCAGAUACGGAACAAACGCUCAGGGACAGUUCAGUCAAUAUAGACCUUGAUCUGCUACUGAAAGCUCUGUGGUAUUUAAUUUUGGGAAAAAGCAUUAUCUUGGAUAUAAAGAAGGUUUUGUAUUCUCACUUUACUUAGUGCCCUGAAAAAAAAAAAAAAAAAAAAAAAAAGUCAACUGACAAAAGUGUUUAAAUAUGGAUGAACAACAGGAAAAGCGGUGCAUCAAGAAUAACAUGCAUUAUUUUUUUUAAUGAAAGUUUAAGUUGCUAAAGUAUAUAUUUUAAUACUUUUAUUUUGGUCUUUGGCUUUGUAGUAACAAAGCAUUACCCUAAAAAUGCAAUAGUGGAAAGGGGAGAGUGAGAGACAUGCAUAUCUGGGUAAGUGGGCACCACAAUUGUUCCAAACCCUAAUGCAUCAGUGUUGAAUCACCCUGUGUAACAGGUACUGUAUACUGUAGUCCCAGAUCAUUGAAAAAUGUUGCAUACUGUACCUGGUUCCAACCUGCGUAAUCUGCUGAUUUUCCUCUCGCCCAAAAUAAAUUGCUGAUUAUCUGCAGAAGUUGCAAGAGUUAAGGACAUUUUGGGUUUAAAUUCCAGCUGUACUCAAGUUUUGGCAAGUCUCUCGCAGUACACUUCCUGUGAAACUGCAAAGGAGGAGGACACCCACUAAGUGAGCGGGCACAACUCUGUUAAGCUGUAGAACACGAGCCAGUACCGAUUGGCUCUGAGGCCCUCAGUUUGCCUCUAGCCGUGUUGAGCACCAAGCCGUUGGUACCAAUGUUUUUACACUUGGUACCGAGAGCAUCCAGAUCGGUACUUAGACUGGUCACUGUAUGGAACAUGUGGGGAGUGUGGAAACCUCCAUGGGAGGGUCUCCACAUCAAUCUUUUGGAACUUGCGGGCAGUUCACCUGUAGAAUUUUUCCGGGGUCCUCAAAAGCAGCCACGUGCUGGUUCGCACAGACAACAUGGCAGUAGAGGCCUAUAUAAAUCACCAAGGUGGUCUCCGGUCCCCCGACCGUCAUUGUGUCGCUCACAAGCUUCUGCUCUGGGCCCUAAAGGCAGUUCAUCUGCCAGGGGUGAUGAACUGGGCGGCGGACCUCCUCUCAAGUGGCAGGCCCCACAGUUCGGAGUGUCAGAUUCACCUGGAAGUCAUGAACCUCAUCUGGGAAAGAUUCUGGCACCUGAAAGUAGACCUCUUUGUGACCCAGGAAUCCACUCACUGCCCCCUCUGGUUCUCCCUGCUGGAAAGCAGGCACCCACUCGGCAUAGACGCCCCGGCCCGUGAGCGGCCCAAGGUUCAGCUCUAUGCCUUCCCAUCACUGGCGUUGUCUACUGCUGUGCCUAGAGAAGAUCAGACAAGAACAGGUUUGGGUAUUCCUGAAAGCCCCAAAUUGGCACAGGAGAACCUGGUUCUCUACACUGGUCCAGCUCCCAGACAGCAAGCCUUGGGAGCUACCUGCACAUCGCGACCUGCUCAACCAGGCGCGGGGGAACCUGUGCAUCCUGACCCAGCCAGCCUUCAUCUGUGGGUCUGGCCCUUGAGCAAUCUCUCGGAUGAGGUUAUUACAACCAUGCAGAAUGCCAGGGCUGCUUCUACACGUUCCCAGUACAGGUUUAAAUAGAUAAUUUUUUAGACGGUGUGUGUCCUGUAGGUUGGACCCCAUGGCAGCCAUACUGCAAUUUUUGCAGGACCUUUUUAACAAGGGGAAAUCCCCCUACACGCUUAGGGUCUACCUGGCAGCUAUUUCAGCUCCUUAGGAGUCACUUCGUGGUGGGACAAUUUUUGAAGAGAGCUCGGAGGUUACGUCCACCUCGGAAGGACCAUGUCCCUCACUGGCUGUUUAAUGUGGUGCUUGAUGUGCUUACGACACCACCAUUCCAGCCACUGCAUUCAGCAGAGCUGAAAUACUUAUCCCUGAAGGCAACCUUCCUACCAGCAAUCACUGCAAAGCGAAUAGGUGAAAUGCAAGCAUUUUCCAUUACUAAAGCUUGCCUAUUUUUCACGGUUGUUGUUAACAGAUGUUUCUCUGUUCAUGCAUAAUAACUUUAGAACUAGUUACUGUCACGCAUAGUUGACAGUUUAUAGAGUUCACAAUAAACUAAGGACUAAGGUCACACUCCGUACUAAUCCUGCUUUUCUCCCUAAAAGCAUCUCUGCUUUCCAGGUCAACCAGGUAGUGGAGUUGGAGGCUUUUCAGCCACCACCUUUCCAAUCUGUCAGGGAGGGGAAGCUCCAAGCACUCUGCCCAGAUAGGGCAUUAGGGUAUUAUGCUACUGCUGCAAGUCCUGCACUUGUGACGGCUUGGGUAUACUAUCCCAAUUGGUAAUGGCUAACAUUUCAUACUUGAAAGGGAACGUUCAGUUAUAAAUAAUAACCCUGGUGCCUGAAAUAUAAAUGUUAUCCAUUACCUUCCGGGGCUGCUUUGUUCAUUCCAACACAGCGGGCUUGAAUAGAAAAUUGGCGCUGAGCCCUCGUGUGCGCGGCAUUUAAUCCCCUCUGGGGCGGGGUCUUCUUGCCUGUGCAGAGGGGCCUCAUACAAGCAGCUUUCACAUACGACUCUGUUAAUUCGGGCUGUAAAGGGAUAUAUAUCCCAGUUGAUAAUGGAUAACAUUUCUGUUUCAGGGAAGCAGGGUUAUGAUAUAUAGCAGGGGUGGCCAAACUCCCUGACCCUACGACCCGCAUACCAAAAUUUCCAUAUGGUCGAGAGUCGCAAGACACAUACUAUAAAACAUGAAAUGUUUGCGAGCAAGACAUUUUAAAUACUAGCAUUGUUGUGCAGUACAGUAGUUGUUAGGCUAUCUCUUGAUGGCAGCAAAAUACACAAGAACAAGGGAUACACAGUUUCUGUGUAAUUUGUAUUGUACUGUAGAUCUAGUGUAUUAAACUUUAAAUGUAACGCACUGGUGUUUUUCCAUUGUUUCAGUUUAUAGUGUAUGUAUUACGCACUUUAAAUAAAAUAUAUUCAGGCAUGAAGCAAAAUAUAAUAACUGACCUGAUUUCACCAAAAACACCACAUAAAAAGACGCACACAUUUUUUGUAAGGAUUCUUUUUGACAAGCUGUUUGAAUGCUGGGUUUAAAAAAAAAAAAAAAAAAAAAAAUACGUGUUUGUUUGUUUUUUUUUUUGGAUGACUACUGUGUGUAUUACAUACUGUUGAGAGCUUUGUGGAUGACAAAUGCACUAUAUUUAUUUAGAAAGGGAUUAUACUACCUGCUCAUGACGAAACAUAAGAUAUGUAAAUAUAAUAAUUUUAGACCUGCAAUAUAACAUUUAAACAUGCAUUCUCUAGUCUAGCGCCAACACUCCAGUUUUAUAAAAAGAUUAAUUUAUCUGAAUAAGGAUGUUUGCCACGAGCGAUAGAUAUUCCAUGCCUGCCAUACAAAACUCGCUUGAGUCGGUAAAGCAGCUUCUUUACUGAACGCCGAAAGCAGCAUCUGCCUUAAGUCUGAUCCAGGAGGAUAUUCAGGUGAAAAUGUGCUGUGAUUUGUUUCACAAUGACAUUUGAGGUUGCUUGCCUUGUACAGACUACAGUGUGUGUACGAUUUGUUGCAGAUGAGACAUAGGUUUACCGACUGUUUUCAGUGAAAGCGAACUCUUUCUCCCAGUCUGGUUUAAAGCCUCAUACUUUCGUCUAUUACUCAUGGAGGGUUUGCUCAAUGCCAUUGUCUCCACGAAACAAACAAGCACUUCAUUCAAAAUUAUGAAAUUCACUGUAAACUGCAUAUCCGGCUUUCACUCGGUGAUCGAAAUACACAUGUGCCAGCGAGCGGUGUUGAAAGUCAUCAAGUGACGAAAUAUCCUUGCAGUGAACAUGCAGGCUCAAAGAAACAGGAGAGAAGAAAGAAUAAUUAACACGAAUGAAUACAGAGAACACAUAAUAAACUUGUGUUUAUUUUUACUUUCUCUCUUUGUUUUGUUUAUUAUUCUUUCUUCAGUUCAUUCGAGUCGCAAAGUGUGCGUCACCCAGCAUUUCACAGGGAGCCCUGCCGGAACUGUCCGGGAGCUGCAUGCAGAUCAUGAGCCGCAGUUUGGCCACCUCAGAUAUAUAUCCUAACGCUUUGUAGUUUGUGUAUUUUAUCCCCCCCACUGGAAAUUUGACAGAUCACACCCUGGGGACAAUAGACAUAAAAAUGUGUUCAUUCAUGAUAAUUGGAUACUGUCGGUUGACAGCGGUUUCUUAUGUUAAAUGUCUGUAACAGAACUGUCACUUCCUCAAUUGUUGGGCUAUGUAUUUCUUACUUAUUGAACUUGACAGAUGUAUCACACUUCAUUUACCAUGAAGUCUUACUAGCUGGAGAGUUAUAUAUUUAUUUUCCUCUUGACUUCAGUGUGUUUUAAAUUGAACAUGAUUGACAGGAGCUCUUUGUGUGAAAACACUGGACUACAAGGUAGUGUAUUUAAAUUAGGAAUAGGUUGCAUGUUUACUUGCACUUCAAAAAAUAUUCAUCUACUGUACAUAGGAGUCAGUGGUUACAGCAAUGACCAACUCAACUACUAUUUUUUUUUUUUUCUUUUAAGAUUGUAGGCUUUUCAUGAGAGCAUAUGGUGCACACAAAAUAAGAAUUAAAAAUCCACAUUUAAAAAGUUUAUUCAGGGUUGCAAAUGCUCUCACACACAGUACUAUAGUUGAAGCACUAAUUAGUACUGAACUAUGUUGACAAAAAAUAUCAAUCAAUGUCUGAAUGUCUUAAACUGCCAUACUGGGCUGGCGAGCGUUUGAAACUUGAAACACCUCCUUGUAGAUAGUAAGGUGUUAAAAGUGUGACAUUUCGGGGGGCUCCCGAGUGGCGCAUCCAGUAAAAGGCGCUCCACGUGGAGUGCAGGAUGCGCUCUAUGGCCUGGACGUCGCAAGUUCGAGUCCAGGCUGUUCCACAGCUGACCGUGGAUUGGAGCUCCCAGGGGGCGGCGCACAAUUGGCCGAGCGUCGCCCGGGGGGAGUGAGGGUUCGGUCGACCAGGGUGUUCUCGGCUCACCGCGCACCAGCCACCCCUGUAGUCUGGCCGGGCGCCUGCAGGCUUGCCUGUAAGAUGCCCAAGAGCUGCGUUGUCCUCCGACACUGUAGCUCUUGGGUGGCUGCAUGGUGAGUCCACAGUGUGAAAAAAAGCAGUUGGCUGACGGCACACGCUUCGGAGGACAGCCAUCCCGAGUCAGCGCAGGGGUGGUAGCGGUGAGCUAGGCUUAAAAAUAUAAUUGGCCAUUCUAAAUUGGGAGAAAAUAAUAAAAAAAUAAUUGGCAACGACUAAAUUUAUUUUUUAAAAAAAGUGUGACAUUUCAAGGGGAGCGCAGGACAGAUAUAUUGAUUAAUGAAUCCAGUUUGUGCUAUGAAUCAAUCCACAGAAAAGUGAAUCCAAUUUAAUUAAUCAACAGUUAUUUCAACAAUGAGUUAAUUCCAGUAUUGCACUUUUUAAACAUAACACUUAGAAAAGGGCUUGCAAUUUCAAUUCAGCAUUUCAUAUUGUUAAAGAAAAGUAAUGCAUUAACAUAACAUUAAAAUAAUAAAAAAAAGUUUUAAUAAUUAGAAAUUAAACAUCCCCCUUCAAUUUUUUUAUUUCACUUUUUUCUGACAGAGUGUUUACAGCUAGAAAGAAAUUAGUCAAGGGGAAGAAAAGUGAAAUGCUUGUCUACAGUUUUUAAUUGAGCGUUUCAACUUAAAAGCUCUGCAUUAGGGCAGUAGUGUGGAGUAGUGGUUAGGGCUCUGGACUCUUGACCAGAGGGUCGUGGGUUCAAUCUCAGAUGGGGGACACUGCUGCUGUACCCUUGAGCAAGGUACUUUACUUAGAUUGCUCCAGUAAAAACCCAACUGUAUAAAUGGGUAAUUGUAUGUAAAAAUAAUGUGAUAUCUUGUAUCAAUUGUAAGUCGCCCUGGAUAAGGGCGUCUGCUAAGAAAUAAAUAAUAAUAAUUUGCAAUA